AUGGAUGAAUUCUCGUUUCCAUACCAACCGUAUGCCAUUCAGUUGGCGUUGAUGAGAGAAAUUCGGAAAUGUUUAAAUGAUUCCAAAAUUGGUAUUUUUGAAUCACCAACGGGCACUGGGAAGUCACUGAGUGUGAUAUGUUCAUCGUUGAAUUGGCUGGAGAAUUUCGAGUUGAAACAACGUAGCGAACUGGAAAAACAAAUCAAAGAUGCUGAUGAAAAAGCGAAAGAAAAUGAUGAUGGCGACGAUUGGGUAGCAGCUUAUAAGAAGAAAUUUGAUGCGAAACGAGAAUUGAGUGGGGAUAUUGCCCCAGAUGAGAAUUAUUCAAGUGAUAAUGAGGUGCUAUCAUCCGAAAAUAUCCAGCAGCCAUCAUGUACAAAAAUAUUUUAUGCUUCGCGAACACAUUCACAGUUGGAACAGUUCGCUGCGGAAAUACUCAAAACGAGGUUCUUUUCCCUACUC